AUGGACGACACGUUCGACAGCGGCAAGCGCGGCCAAGUCGGAAGCAGCACGUCAGUCGAGAUUGCAGAUGUCGACAAAGCGACCGACGGUGCAUACAGAGAUGACUACAGCAACCAAGACGAGGACGACGGCAUGACUGAGCAACCGGCGGUGCCAGUCUCUACGAACGAGCGACCUCAAUUGCAACAACGCCAGUCUUCGCGUCGCCAGCCCCAGCAGUCGCGGCAACCUAACGUCGAGUACCCAUUGAAGUCCAAGCGUCAUUCUCGGACGCGCUCGCUCAAACUUCUGUCGGAGCCACCUGUGGAGAAGCGAUACGGACGCGUGGGUCGUGCAAGUGCAACAAGUUCGACGCCAGCACCAGCUUCAAGGUAA